UCAGGAUUCCUUCAAAUAAUUAAAUACUUUCAUUUAAUGGAAACAAAAUCAAUAGGAUCCGAAACAAAUCGGGCCGAGUUGGUUAUUGGAUUCGGCCCAUUUGAUAAAUGGGCCAUAAGAUAGAACUCAACUCAAAGCUUGGAUCUUUUACGAACAAGUGAAAAUGUUCACAUGUGCAAAGCGACAAGUCACACUCAAAUCAUGAAAAUUUGCCAUUUGAAGGAGCUUUCAUGGACUCUUGUCUGAUUUCCAAGUUGAGAACAAAAAAUCCCGGAGGUGCAGUUCAGUCCGUGGCAUAUUCCUCAAUCCGUAAUAACCAAACAACCAUAAGGACAUUUUGGUAAUAUCAUCACUUGCCCAGUAACAGGAGCCACAAAGAAGGCAAAACUCAAAACUGGUGGAUGCAGUUGAUUUUGGAUAGCGUGGCUCAAUCCUCCAAUGGCAUGCAUUCCAUUCCAUGUAAGCAAAGAUUGUAGCUCUUCCCUGGCCAACAAAAGCCUUACUUCAUUUUCCACUUUCAUCCUUGAGUUUCAAAGAAAAUGGCAGUCUCUGCCAAUGGCCAUCUCUCCCUCUCCUCCACUCGCCAGUUGCGUGGCUCGACAGGGCUUGACCGGUCGCUUCUUAAGUUUGGCAAUGGAAUGCUGAUGGGAAAUAUGCUCAAGCUGCCACAGUCUCUACAAGGAAAUAGAAAUAAGAUUGUUAGGCAACGUGUAUCCAUGACUCUCACUGCAGAUGUAGCUGGUGAGUCCAAGUUGAGGGACCUAGAGAUGGAAAAGAGGGAUCCAAGGACAGUAGUGGCAGUAAUUCUAGGAGGAGGAGCAGGGACUCGUCUCUUCCCUCUCACCAAACGACGCGCUAAACCUGCUGUCCCUAUUGGAGGUGCAUACAGGCUAAUUGAUGUGCCAAUGAGCAACUGCAUUAACAGUGGAAUCAACAAAGUUUACAUUCUCACUCAGUUUAACUCUGCAUCACUCAAUAGACAUCUUUCUCGUGCUUACAACUUAGGUAAUGGAGUCACAUUUGGCGAGGGCUAUGUCGAGGCUCUAUCAGCCACUCAAACUCCUGGGGUGGAAGGUAAAAGGUGGUUCCAGGGUACUGCUGAUGCUGUCAGACAGUUUCAUUGGCUUUUCGAGGAUCAAAGAAGUAGGGAGAUUGAGGAUGUGUUAAUUCUUUCUGGGGAUCACUUGUAUCGAAUGGAUUAUAUGGAUUUUGUUCAGAAUCAUCGGCAAAGUGGUGCAGAUAUCACCCUUUCUAGUCUGCCAAUUGAUGAUAGUCGUGCCUCAGAUUUUGGUCUGAUGAAGAUAGACAACAAAGGAAGGGUACUUUCAUUCAGCGAGAAGCCUAAAGGGGAUGACCUGAAGGCAAUGGCAGUAGAUACAAUGGUUUUAGGACUUUCACGGGAAGAGGCUGAAAAGAAACCUUACAUUGCAUCUAUGGGUGUUUAUGUAUUCAAGAAGGAGAUACUAUUAAAUCUGCUAAGAUGGCGUUUCCCCACUGCAAAUGACUUCGGAUCAGAGAUAAUCCCUGCCUCAGCCAAAGAGUUCUACAUAAAGGCUUAUCUCUUCAAUGACUACUGGGAAGACAUCGGAACCAUCAGAUCCUUCUUUGAGGCAAACCUUGCCCUCACUGAGCAUCCUCCAAGGUUUAGCUUCUAUGAUGCAAGCAAGCCAAUAUAUACAUCAAGAAGAAAUCUACCGCCAUCGCAGAUUGACAACAGCAAGAUUGUUGAUUCCAUCGUAUCUCAUGGAAGUUUCUUAACAAACUGCUUCAUUGAGCACAGUGUUGUUGGUAUCAGAUCCAGAAUAAACUCCAAUGCUCACUUAAAGGAUACCGUAAUGCUUGGUGCAGAUUACUAUGAAACUGAUGCUGAAAAAGCAUCACUAUUAGCUGAGGGCAGAGUUCCAAUAGGGAUUGGCGAAAAUAGCAAAAUCAAAGAGUGCAUCAUUGACAAAAAUGCCAGAAUUGGGAAGAAUGUAGUUAUUGCAAACUCAGAGGGCAUACAAGAGGCAGAUAGAUCAUCAGAAGGCUUCUACAUACGAUCCGGCAUAGUUGUCGUACUAAAAAACUCUGUAAUCCAAGAUGGAUUAGUAAUAUAGAAGACAUGGCCACGUUUUCAUAUAUUUUUUCUGAUUAGGCUUGGGGAUAAGGAACAUGUACAAGAGAAAUGAACCAUUACUUCUGAGAAUGGAAUAACUGGAUAAAUACCAUGAGCCAACCA